CCCACCGCGACCCGACAACCCCACUGAUCGGUGGGUCCAGUAGCCGAGCCCUCCCGCGGGCUAUAAAAUGGCUCCCUCGUUAGUCGUCCCGGCAGUGCCCACACCCACACACACCCCACCACACCAUGAGGCAGCUGAUCCGGCGGCUCUCCCGCGUCGGCGACUGCUCGCCGCCGCCGUCCCACUCCCAGGAGACGAGGAAGGGCGAGGCUCACGCGGGGGUGCCGGAGGGGCACGUGCCGGUGCACGUGGGCGGCGGCGCGGACGGCGCGGAGGAGCGGUUCCUGGUGCGCGCUGAGCUGCUGGGCGCGCCGGCUCUCGCGGACCUGCUCGGCCGCGCCGCGCAGGAGUACGGGUACCGCCAUCAGGGCCCGCUCCGCAUCCCGUGCCCCGUCGCCGUCUUCCGACGCGCGCUCGCCUCCGUGGCCGUGGCCGCCGCCGGCGACGAGGAGGGCGACUGAGUAGGAUCGGCCGGAAGAGGAAGCUCGCUCUGGCUACCGCUGCUCGUUCUCGGCGCGGGCCGCCUAUAUGCAUUUGUUGGGCUGGGCUCGUGGGCGUUUGGGCCCGAAUUUUGAGGGCUACGCCUUUGUGGAACCUUAAUUAUGUUUUUGUUGUUGUUGUUGUUAUGCUCCUUUUUGUUACUUUCAUGUUUGUUCAGUGACGGAGCUCUAUAAAAUUAAUGCCCCGGGCCACUCUAUAAAA